AAUAUUCUCGCUCUCCCCUGACCCUUUUAAGCGAUCUCCCUCCUGGCCAAAUGAACGGCUAAUAGCCUGCUGUCCUCAUGGAAAAUUUGAUUGCAGAUUCCGUGGCUUUGCUUUUUCUUAAACACACAUCGUACACUUUGAGUUCACUGUUGACAUCCGGAGUGGGAAUUCUCCCUCUGGUUAAAAAAAACUGGGACUUGCCCCUGAACCAAUUUAAUCAGCCUAUGAGAGAAUGAGGGCGGGACUUCCUUUUUAAUACAGAAUAUAUUAUAUACGCAUCAUAAAAUGAUUCAUUGCCGCGUCUGCUUUGCUUCAGGGAGAGAACAAUAAUUGAGCAGUGAAGAUUAUUUACAAGAUUCUCGCGUAACGAUCAAAACUUGCAGCAACAAUUUUUAAAUUCAGUUUUUUUAUUUUUUUUUAUUUUGCAAAAGUGAAAGCAUCUGUUUAACAAAUGCCUCUUGUCCAGGAAAGCUAGCGGGCGCAGGAUGUUCACAAUCGUGCGCCCAAAUGUUGCUCUGACAGCCAGUUCCUUCUACAAAUGACAAUUUCCCUUCCAAAUGCAAGAGAUCCAGUUUUUGUUUUUUUUUUAACCUAUUAUUACUGUAAUUAAAAAAUUACACUCGUAAUACGGAACCUGGCAAUCUUAAGGAUUUGCUUCAGGAAAGCAGAUGGUCGUGACAGGGUUGUUUGGAGAUGAUUUGUCAUAAGAAUUAUUUCUGUCUGCGUUUGGGGGUUGUUUCUUCUUUUUUCUUUUUUUGCUGCUUCUGUUCUGUUUAAUACAAUUAAACCGGCUCAAAAAUGCUGCUUGUGGCGUUAGGCACGUUGUUUAUCCUGAGAAAGAGGGAUGAAAGAACGAAGGGCGAAAACAGGCUUAAAACUUGCAUUUCCUGUUGCUCACGAGAUCCUGAGGUGCGGAGGCGAUUCCCAGAGGACUACAGUGACCAGGAAAUUCUGCCCACGGUGGCCCGGUUCUGCUUCCCUUUCUACGUGGACAGCCUCACGGUGGGGCAGGUGGGACAGAACUUCACCUUUGUCCUCACGGAUAUCGACAGCAAACAGAGGUUCGGCUUCUGCCGCUUGUCCUCGGGGGCCAAGACCUGCUUCUGUAUCUUAAGUUAUCUCCCAUGGUUUGAAGUCUUUUAUAAACUGCUGAAUAUUCUGGCAGACUACACAGUGAAGGGCCAGGAGAGCCAAAAAUGUGAACUUCUGCAGACACUUUACAAACUACCAAUUCCUGAGCCGGCUUCUUCGGUUCAUCUCAGUGUGCACUCUUACUUUACGGUGCCCGACCCCAGGGACCUUCCCAGCAUCCCCGAAAAUAGAAAUCUGACUGAGUAUUUUGUCGCCGUGGAUGUCAACAACAUGCUGCAUUUGUACGCUAGUAUGCUAUACGAACGCCGCAUCCUCAUUUGCUGCAGUAAAUUGAGCACGUUAACUGCCUGUGUCCACGGCUCAGCCUCCUUGCUUUACCCCAUGUUUUGGCAACACGUUUAUAUCCCCGUCCUGCCUCCUCACCUGCUGGACUACUGCUGUGCUCCGAUGCCCUACCUCAUAGGAAUUCAUUUAAGCCUGAUAGAGAAAGUCAGAAAUAUUUCUCUGGAUGACGUGGUCAUCCUGAAUGUGGACACUAACACACUGGAAACACCUUUUGAUGACCUGCAAAGCCUCCCAAAUGAUAUAAUUUCCUCGCUGAAAAGCCGGUUGAAGAAGGUCUCCAUGACCACAGGGGAUGGGGUCGCCAGAGCGUUCCUCAAAGCCCAGGCUUCUUUUUUCGGGAGCUAUCGCAACGCGCUGAAGAUCGAGCCGGCCGAGCCCAUCACUUUCUGCGAAGAAAUAUUCAUCUCCCACCGGUCAGCCACCAUGCGGCAAUUCCUGCAGAACGCCAUCCAGCUGCAGCUUUUCAAGCAGUUCAUCGACGGACGUCUUGAUCUUCUCAACUCUGGAGAAGGCUUCAGUGACGUCUUCGAGGAAGAGAUCAGCCUGGGGGAAUAUGCCGGGAGUGACAACCUUUAUCACCAGUGGCUAUCAACUGUCAGGAAAGGAAGUGGGGCCAUUUUAAACACGGUGAAGACCAAGGCAAACCCUGCCAUGAAGACGGUCUACAAAUUUGCAAAAGAUCAUGCAAAAAUGGGAAUAAAAGAGGUGAAAAAUCGUUUGAAGCAAAAGGACAUCAGUGAAAACGGCUGUUCCACCAUGCCGGAAGAUUCCACCUCAAGGACCGCUCCAUCUCCCCUGGCUGAAAAAAGGGACCCCAAACUCCAGGAUGACAGGAGACCCAUCACCGUCCACUUUGGCCAGCCAAGCGCACCACCGCGGAGACCACCCCUGCCCAAGAUUCAUCGCUCCGCCAGGCCCGUUCGGCCGCCCAGACCCCAAGUUGUCCGAAGACCCAAAGGCAACGUUGCUGUGGACGGUCGAAGGAUAUCUGUCUCCAGCCCAGAGCACCUGGUCAAGCCCACGCGCCACUAUACGGUCUUCCUGUUGGAGGAUUCUUCCGGCGAUGAGCUUCCUCAGGACGAUGGGCCUGUCUCUGCCUUCUCUGACAGCUUCCUCUUCUCCGCGCCUUUCGAAUGGCCUCAGCCCUAUCGCGCUCUGAAGGAAUCCGACAGUGGCGAUGGGGAAGAAGGCAUCAGUUCUGAGAGACUCCAGGAUGACAGGCAGAUGGACCCGACCACUCCAGAAAGCCCUGCAGACAUUAGUCUACUGGAAGACCUCUUCACAGGACUGGAGGUGGAGUCACAGCCGCAGCCACUCAGCCAAGCCAGGAGCUUAGAAGAUCUGAGGAUUCCCAAAGAGGAAGAGGACCAGCAGGGCUCCUUCGAUUAUCAGCGGAUGGACCUCAGUUUUGCGGAAAAGAGCUGGACCACCCCAGGGAUGAAGCUUUUUCACCCUUAUAAGCAGUUCUGGGGCCAGGACGACAUGGCCCUCUCCACAAAGUUCUCCCCCAAAUCUCCCGAGAGGCCACUGAGAAACGUGCCUCCUGUCCCAAGGAGACCUCAGAGCAGAGAGGCCAUCUUGGAUGUUCCUGAGAAGGAAGUUGGAAGUUCUCCUGCUGCCCAAGGGAAUAUCACCAUCCCGCGACCUCAGGGGAGGAAGACGCCAGAGCUGGGCAUUGUCCCGCCUCCUCCACCCCGGCUUUCCAAGCAGCAGGCACCCCCAGAAGCUGCCCCUGGCCAGCCAGGGCCUGGCCACCUGGCCUCGGAGCUCCUGCAGGAGACCUUUGCGGCCAGAAACGUGUCUCUGGACCGGCAACUGGCCGGUUUUGCUCCUCACCAAGUCCAGCUUUCGUCCGGUGCCGUCAGUGAAGGAGAAAUGCUCCAGCCGGUCAAGGUCAAUGCAGAGGGCACGAGUGGAGACAGCGAUUCUCUCCUUGCUCUGCUGGACCCACUGAAGUCACGAGAAGUUCCAUCAAGCUCCAGAAGCCAGCUGGGGUCCUCGUCUCCCAGCCCAGCCGGCAGCUUCCCAUCCACAGGAGAAGACCUCAUGCCCUCUACGUCAGCCCCCUUUCGCCAGCUGCUGGGAUACCCUCCCUCUGCGAUGCCCUUUGGCCAGCCAUCACUCAACCCCUUCGUCCAGGCGGUGCCGACGCCUCUGCCGCUCACCGUGGUCAGGCCCCCCGGCGGCCCAUUUGCUCCCUCGCUGGGCCACGCGUACAGUUCCAGCUACAUCACCUCUAACUCCAGCUUCUUCCAGCUCCAGAGGCCUCCCCCCAACCCUUUGACCCUCUCCAUGCCCAACCUCUUUGCCAAGUCUCCCUCAGCCCCGCCGCCAGCAGCUCAGCCUCUUUCCCAGAGUGGCGCCCCUCGUCCGUGUGGCCCUUCUAAGAUCCGGACAUUGCCUCUUACUCAUUCUGCGGUCAAGAUAAAGCUGGCGGCGAGGCCCAGCAACCUCCCGUUGGUUCCCCCCAAGACCAAGGUUGGGGAACCGGCCUUGUGCCCCUCUAAGACUCAGCCGGCUAAGGACCCCUUUGAGGACUUGUUAAAUAAAACCAAGCAAGAGGUGUCCGUCGUGCCCGGUAAAGUUGAGCAGUUAAGAAGGCAAUGGGAAACGUUUGAGUGAGCCCCGGAGCUCAUGGCGUCCUAGACUAUUGGGUGUUGGGUUACUAUAACCAUGAGUAUUUCCUCAAGCAAAGAAGGGUCAACUGGCUGGCACAGCUUCCCCCCUGUUAGGAGGGGGGCCUGGCUAAGCCCUGAAUAAGAGCAAGGAGACCCCCCCCUCUUCACCUUUUCACCCACCGCCAUCAUUGGAGAGGUGAUCUGGGCUCCUUGACAUUCCUUUGACUGUUCUUCAAGAUAAUUGAUGAGGUCAAUCUUGGUCUCUUCUUGGCCAACCUUGCGUCCCCAUUCAUCAUGAGCCUGUUACAUUCCCAGUGUGAGCAAUUGCUUCCCUACCAGAUCACAUUUUCAGCCCGGAUGCCCAACCCCAAGCCAUGUCGAUCAUGAUCUGAACCUUGUCGGUUAAUUUUUCUUGUACCUUCUCCAACUUACCAUGAGCUGCACGGGUUCAAGACCUCAUGCUGUCCUUGGCUUCCCUUCCUGGCCCCUCCAAUUUCUGCGCACAACAGUCCCCUUUGCUGAGCAACCCCUUUUUCACACCCCAGGCUUAGCCUCCAUGUGGUGGCACCGCACCAUUUUUCAGGGAAGCAAUGACACACAUCUUCACGGCUGUCAACAACAUUAGCACAACCAGCAGUCGUUCCUUUUUUAGAGCAAGGCACGUGAUCAUGGUGUCCCCAAACCCUUCUAUAACUGUGCAGCUGUUACACAAACACGUAUAUGUGUAGUUAUAAAAGUGUUACUCGGCGGUCUCCUUCCUCAGCCUGAUGGGAGGAUGGUGUGAGUGUCCAUCUCUGCGGUGUCCUAGUCUAAAAUGAAAGGUCUUGACGGACAGCAGCGUCAAUCUGCUGCAUGAUGGAACAGAAAUGGUGGUGGUGGUGGUGAUAGACACAAUGACCCGCUUGUGGACUAAAUGCCUUUGGGCUUCAUAAGUUGAAAGCCAGAAGACUUCUGACUGCUCGCUCUUCUUUCUCAACUCCUGCUGAAGAUCAAGUUUCCCCUCCAGGCUGUUUUUGGAAGAUAAAACAUCCACCACGCCUCAGAAUUCAGAUCUGCUCAAGGACCUCUUGGUACACCUGCCUGUGUUUCUUUUCCUCACUUAAAUUUGGGGCAGGGGAGUUUAAAAAAAAAAUCCUGGGCAGUUUGUUGUUAUCUUAAAUUACUGUUGUGUGGAAAUUAGGCUAGCCAGUUGUCUACAUCCACAAGAACUCACUGCGUACAAGUCCCUCUUCAAGUGCCGUCUCUUUUUCUUUCCAAUGGGUUUCAUUUCUGUUUCUAGAACCCUCUUGAGGUUCUCCUACCAGCUGGAGAGUUAUUUUGGCUUCCAUCUCCACAACUGCAAAGCCUGUAGAUUCCAAGGACGUGGUUGAUUCCUCCAAACAUGGAUUGUCAGAGGACACCUGUAGACCGUCUGCUGGCAUCAUUACGCCUCUGUCCAAAACCGUUGCAUUUUACAAGGCCCUUUCUGUGUUUUGUAGGAUCACUUUUGCUGGGGGAGGGAAGGGGUGUGUUUUUGAUAUUACCUACUUCUGGAGAGUAAAACAUUUGAAGUCCAUCCAACAGGCGAGUGUUGCUUUGCUUCUUAAAAGUUUGGUAUAUGGAGUGCAAA